CCUGCUGCCAGUUUGCUCCUGCUUGAUACCUGUGCCCUCACUGUAAAUCUUCCCCUUUGCUGAUGUGGCCCUUGUGCCCCAUGUCAUUCACGUUGCCUCGUACUGGGCAGCCGGAGUAGCCUGAUGCCUCUCUGUUUCUUUGGGCAUUGUGAUUAGGUAGCUGUGCAUGUUGCUAAUGAAGAUUUUGAGAAGAAAACUUGCUUUUGUAUCUAGCUGGUGGCCUGAGAGACUUCUGCAGACCUUCCACUCUUUUUACUUGGAUGUAACUGGGGCGUUUGUUUUCUCAUGCUUGGAAAUAUCAGGAAUAAUAAGCAAAAAUAAUCUUAAAAGUCUGUCUACAGGUCUCAUCUCCUCUUCAGUGAUGUAUUUUAAAACAUUGCAGAGUCAUUGAUAGGUAUGCAUAUAGAUGAAUGGAUAAUCACCUUUUAUUAAGAACAGCCAGGUUGGAUGGGGCCCUGGGCUGCCUAAUCUAAUGGGUAGCAACCCUGCCCAUGGCAGAGGGUUGGAACAGUCUGAUCUGUAAGGUCCCCUCCAACCUAAGCUGUUCUGUGUUUAACAUGAUGCCAUGAUUAUCACAAAGGGGUGGAACGGGCUUCUCUAAUACAAAAUAGGGAAUAAGUUUCUGCCUCUGCUCAUUGCCUACUGCCAUUCUGCCCUCUGCUCAGACGUGAACAAUGUCACAAGCAGGGAACUGUCCUUAUUCUGCUCCUUUGCUCUUAUCCAGAAAUCUUCCAUCUGAAUUGCUUUGUUUUACAAUAACCUUUCUCCAGUGUGUAAUAACACCAGCUAAUGUUGCUAUAAAACUACUUGGGCUUGUUUCUUUGACUUUAUCUUGUUCAAUCUUUCCUGUUCUCUGAGUAGAAAAGAAAUAAAGAAGAAAUAACAGACCAGUAAGCAACAAAGGCUUCCCUCUCAUUGCUUUGCCUCUGUUGGCAGCAUGAAGGAAAGCAGAACGACAGCAAUGUUGUGGCUGCAAAACACUCGGGGCACUGCUAGUUGAAUUCUGAAACAAGCAGCGAGUCUGCAGAGCUCUCUGGGAGUCCAACCCUUCCUGCCUUGGCUGAAGAAGAAGCAGCAAGCAGCCUGCUUCUGCUUGCAGAGAGACCAAGGCUGUGGUGUGUGGCAAAGCAGUGACAUUGAGGUUGGGCUUGUGCAGCAGGGCACAGCUCUGAGGGAUCACUGCAACCCCUGAGCCAGCACUGGGCUGCACUCAGGGAGAGGACACGAAGGCCUGAGGUGGCACAGCUUUGUUCUGGGCCUAGUGAUAUCUAGGCUUCGACGUACAACUCAUCUGGUACAGCUCUUCUAUUAAAUGUGCUGCAAGGAACAGAGCUUGUGAUAAGAUAUUGCAAGCAGAUGCUGCAAUGUGAGGAGGCUUCCCAUCUGCAGGGGACUGUUCCCAUGGGGCAGUUAGGACAUCCAAUCAGAACCAAAAUGAGGAACAAACUAUGGCUCCAGACUAUUUCCUUCUUCCUUUUAUUCCAGUACACCACAUGUCGUGAAAACCUCACUUGUUUUGUGGACUAUGUGCAGACCCUGUCCUGCCUCCUGAGGAAUGACCUGGGUGCCAGUUCAUACAAUGUCACUGCUACAUGGGUUGAUGAGGACGAUCCAGAAAACACUGUGGCAGCCUGCAGUCUCCUGGAAUUGUCCAGGAGCACCAACCACACAGAAUACAUUUGUACUGUGGACAUGACUGAGCUGCUGGCAGACAUCAAAGUCCAGGUGGAUGUCACAGAGAUAGCUGACAGGCAGCAUGUGAUUUCCAGAAGUUUUUAUAUGAGAGAAAACAUCAGACCACAGCCUCCGUUCAAUCUGACUGCUGUGUUCACAGAAGGUUACAAUAUUUCUUGGGAAACCAUCUACCAGAACCCUCUUUUCUACUUUCUGAAUGAGGAGCUGGAAUAUCAGCUGCGUUAUAAGAGAGGGGCUGACACCUGGGAGACUCAGAAGAUUAAGUCUGUCCAUGAAGACAAACGGACACUGGUGAUCCUGCCAUGGGAACUCCAGGGGAACACUGAGUAUGAAUUCCAAGUGAGAGCCAGACCCCGAGAAGACACUGGCUACUAUGGAUUUUGGAGUGAGUGGAGCUCCCGGCUGACACUGAAAACCAGCCCUGCUGCCGUGACACAGAGAGCAGGCAUGGGGUGGAUGCUGUUCUUUAUUGUUGCCAUGGUGAUCACUGCCUCAAUCACAACCUUUCUGGCCAAGCAACAGAGCUUGUGGAAGAAGAUCGCUUGCAUCCCAGAUCCAUCUGCCUUUUUCAAACCACUUUACCUGAUGUAUAAUGGAGAUUUCAAGAAGUGGGUUGGUACAUCCCAUAUGAAAAUGGCUAUUGAUUUAUUUGAAUGGGAAAUAGUCCCUUCAGAAGUCCUAGAAGUUUUCAGCAUGCGUCCUUCCAACUGCACCUCACAGGAGGAGAUAAAGGAGUUGAAAAAUGAUCUGCCUUGCAAGCCUUGUGUGUCCUGCCUGACCGCCCCAGUCCAAGACAGCCUCCUGUCAGGUGUGAACAGCAGCAGUGUGACUCAGGACCGCUCAUAUGGACAUUUGUCCAUUGACACUGUGACAGUGGCCGAUGAAUUUACACCUUGUAACUGCCAGUGCAACUGUAACCGCAUGUACAGGGAACAGAAGCAUAAUGGUGAUGAAGAUAGUGCUGGAGAAAAUGGUUACCCCAAGGUUAACAUUGAUGAUGAAGACAGAAGGCCUUCCAGUGCCUUGCAUCUGUCUGACCUGAGCUCACAGGACAAAAUUCUGGCCUCAGGCUCUAUGUCCACAGAUCACCUGAGGACUGCAGGUGCCUCAGGCCACCAGAAAGUUGAAGAGGCUGUGGAAGGAGGGAUGGGGAGCAUCCUAGAAGCCCUCUGCUUGCAUCCUAAUCAGUGGGAUUUGGAAAAUCCAGCUUCUCUACCUUCUCCUGAUGGUGAAAGUGUGUCCUACAGUGAAGGAUCCUGUGACUUUUUCCCGCGCAGUGCAAGGCCUGGUGACAGUUACCCCAUGAUCUGCCUAGAUUUGGACACUAUUGACAGCGGCUUUGUGGACUCGGACUGUGGGAGUCCAGUUGACUGUGACUUUGAGCAAAAUAGCCAGACCAACUGUGGGUCCGUUUCUCUUGAGCAGGAGGGAGAGGACUUUCCGCGGAGCUAUGUCAAGCAGUGGAUCUCCUGCCAUGCUGACAGCCCUGCCAGCGGGACUCAGACAAACUGAGGAGUUGAUUUUGUUCUGCAGAGUAGAGGGCCUUUCCCAUCCUGCACCAGAAGCAAAGUGUUGGCCAAAUUCAGAAGGAAAAGCAGAGUUUACUCUGUGUAAGCUGUACUACAUACAAUGGAGAACAGUUACAUCCAUAGAAAUAUAGGUCUGUUUCUACUGCCACUCAUUCUGUCCACAUUGUAUCAAACCUGACAUGAUUAAUUUUCUUUCAGCAUUCUUUGUCAAACCCUUAUAUAAUGACUACAGACUUUAAUUUUUCACAACAAGAAAAAGCAACUGUACCUUUAAAAUUGCUCCUUAGCUUACAUAGAUUUGAUUUUUUUUUAUUUUUUAUUUUUUAAAGUAAGCUUGUAAAUAGUAGAGAACUUUGAAGGGUUUUUCCCUGGCAUUCUCUUAUGACUCGAGUUGGAUGUACAUGGAAUCUUAUAAGCGUAUCUAAUGGCAAGCAUGUUUGUUACAUUAGAGUUCCCUUGCCCUAUUCUAACAACAGAUAUUGUUACUUUUCCAACCACUCCCCUCUGUACAUGCAGCUGUAAAGUUUGUAUUAAGUAUUAAUUACAUCCAUCCCCGUCCAUGGGGUAUAAUCAAAAACAUUUCUCAUCAUCAGGGAAUGGCGUAUCCAAGAGACAAAUCAUACCUCAGGCUUUAGAUGAGGCUUGCCUUUGCAGAUAGAGUCUAUAAAUUAAAAAUCUUUAAAACGUAAUUCCAGAGAAACUCCUUCUGCUUGGGCUUCCUACUGAUCCUGCACCUCUCCACACGUUUUCCAAGCAUAUUAACUAUAGCGCUGAGUAGCUAUUAGAAUUAUGCAGAAGUUUCAGGAAUGUUGCACCACCUGGAUGUGCCUGCAGCUCUAUCUCCUGUCUUGGACUUUGCUGCAGCUCACAGGUCAGCAGCACAGAGCUUCACCAAUCUCUGCUAGCACAUGCAGCCUACAAUGAACGUGGCAUUUACACUGCAUCUGUGAUUGUUUUCUUCACAUAUCUCUGCCUGUUUUGUUUAGGAUAACUGUCUUAAAAAGUUAAUGUGAUACUGAUACUGAAUGUGAACACCUCACAUCUUAUCUAGGCACAGUGCUACUGACCCAAGAAGCACUUGGGUGCUGAUUGUACAGUGAGAGAACCUGUGUCAUCAACAAUCUGUUCCUGUGAUACCAAUAAACACUCUUCCUUCUCCCCAAGCUUUUACUCCAGACUUUCAGCAACCCCACAGCUCCCUGUAGUGGUUUUGCUCUGAUGGCCAGCUGAGCUCCACGCUUCUCUCUCACUCCCCCUCCUCAAAGGAUCAGGAGUAGAAAACAGGAUGAAAUAAGGACAGAGAAAUCGCUCUCCAAUUGCUGUCACAGACAGCACACUCCCUUAACAAGAGGGAGCUUUGCAAUGAAGAGAAGCUGUUUCUUUUACAGGUG